AUGACGCUAGUGGCUGCGGAGGAUGAGGAUGAGUCUGCUGAGGGCGGAAUGCGGCCCCUUGAGGUGAGUCUGGGAAGUGCAGGAGAGAUGCAGCAUCAGCACCAGAGUGUACAGAGACAGGAAGAGCCUCAUAAAUCAGAGUGUACAGAGGAGGAAGAGACAGGAAGAGCCUCAGAGAUCAGAGUGUACAGAGGAGGAAGAGACAGGAAGAGCCUCAUAAAUCAGAGUGUACAGAGGAGGAAGAGACAGGAAGAGCCUCAGAGAUCAGAGUGUACAGAGGAGGAAGAGACAGGAAGAGCCUCAGAGAUCAGAGUGUACAGAGGAGGAAGAGCCUCAGAGAUCAGAGUGUACAGAGGAGGAAGAGGCUCAGAGAUCAGAGUGUACAGAGGAGGAAGAGACAGGAAGAGCCUCAUAAAUCAGAGUGUACAGAGGAGGAAGAGACAGGAAGAGCCUCAGAGAUCAGAGUGUACAGAGGAGGAAGAGACAGGAAGAGCCUCAGAGAUCAGAGUGUACAGAGGAGGAAGAGACAGGAAGAGCCUCAGAGAUCAGAGUGUACAGAGGAGGAAGAGGCUCAGAGAUCAGAGUGUACAGAGGAGGAAGAGGCUCAGAGAUCAGAGUGUACAGAGGAGGAAGAGACAGGAAGAGCCUCAGAGAUCAGAGUGUACAGAGGAGGAAGAGACAGGAAGAGCCUCAGAGAUCAGAGUGUACAGAGGAGGAAGAGGCUCAGAGAUCAGAGUGUACAGAGGAGGAAGAGACAGGAAGAGCCUCAGAGAUCAGAGUGUACAGAGGAGGAAGAGGCUCAGAGAUCAGAGUGUACAGAGGAGGAAGAGACAGGAAGAGCCUCAGAGAUCAGAGUGUACAGAGGAGGAAGAGCCUCAGAGAUCAGAGUGUACAGAGGAGGAAGAGCCUCAGAGAUCAGAGUGUACAGAGGAGGAAGAGCCUCAGAGAUCAGAGUGUACAGAGGAGGAAGAGCCUCAGAGAUCAGAGUGUACAGAGGAGGAAGAGCCUCAGAGAUCAGAGUGUACAGAGGAGGAAGAGGCUCAGAGAUCAGAGUGUACAGAGGAGGAAGAGGCUCAGAGAUCAGAGAUCAGAAGUGUACAGAGGAGGAAGAGCCUCAGAGAUCAGAGUGUACAGAGGAGGAAGAGACAGGAAGAGCCUCAGAGAUCAGAGUGUACAGAGGAGGAAGAGCCUCAGAGAUCAGAGUGUACAGAGGAGGAAGAGCCUCAGAGAUCAGAGUGUACAGAGGAGGAAGAGCCUCAGAGAUCAGAGUGUACAGAGGAGGAAGAGGCUCAGAGAUCAGAGUCUACAGAGGAGGAAGAGCCUCAUAAAUCAGAGUGUACAGAGGAGGAAGAGACAGGAAGAGCCUCAGAGAUCAGAGUGUACAGAGGAGGAAGAGCCUCAGAGAUCAGAGUGUACAGAGGAGGAAGAGCCUCAGAGAUCAGAGUGUACAGAGGAGGAAGAGGCUCAGAGAUCAGAGUAGUGUACAGAGGAGGAAGAGCCUCAGAGAUCAGAGUGUACAGAGGAGGAAGAGACAGGAAGAGCCUCAGAGAUCAGAGUGUACAGAGGAGGAAGAGCCUCAGAGAUCAGAGUGUACAGAGGAGGAAGAGCCUCAGAGAUCAGAGUGUACAGAGGAGGAAGAGCCUCAGAGAUCAGAGUGUACAGAGGAGGAAGAGGCUCAGAGAUCAGAGUCUACAGAGGAGGAAGAGCCUCAUAAAUCAGAGUGUACAGAGGAGGAAGAGACAGGAAGAGCCUCAGAGAUCAGAGUGUACAGAGGAGGAAGAGCCUCAGAGAUCAGAAUGUACAGAGGAGGAAGAGCCUCAGAGAUCAGAGUGUACAGAGGAGGAAGAGGCUCAGAGAUCAGAGUGUACAGAGGAGGAAGAGGCUCAGAGAUCAGAGUCUACAGAGGAGGAAGAGCCUCAUAAAUCAGAGUGUACAGAGGAGGAAGAGACAGGAAGAGCCUCAGAGAUCAGAGUGUACAGAGGAGGAAAAGCCUCAGAGAUCAGAGUAGUGUACAGAGGAGGAAGAUACAGGAAGAACCUCAGAGAUCAGAGUGUACAGAGGAGGAAGAGACAGGAAGAGCCUCAGAGAUCAGAGUGUACAGAGGAAGAAGAGACAGAAAAAGCCUCAGAGAUCAGAGUGUACAGAGGAGGAAGAGACAGGAAGAGCCUCAGAAAUCAGAGUGUACAGAGGAGGAAGAGACAGGAAGAGCCUCAGAGAUCAGAGUGUACAGAGGAGGAAGAGCCUCAGAAAUCAGAGUGUACAGAGGAGGAAGAGGCAGGAAGAGCCUCAGAGAUCAGAGUGUACAGAGGAGGAAAAUACAGGAAGAGCCUCAGAGAUCAGAGUGUACAGAGGAAGAAGAGACAGAAAGAGCCUCAGAGAUCAGAGUGUACAGAGGAGGAAGAGACAGGAAUAGCCUCAGAAAUCAGAGUGUACAGAGGAGGAAGAGACAGGAAGAGCCUCAGAGAUCAGAGUGUACAGAGGAGGAAGAGCCUCAGAGAUCAGAGUGUACAGAGGAGGAAGAGACAGGAAGAGCCUCAGAGAUCAGAGUGUACAGAGGAGGAAGAGACAGGAAGAGCCUCGGAAAUCAGAGUGUACAGAGGAGGAAGAGACAGGAAGAGCCUCAGAGAUCAGAGUGUACACAGGAGGAAGAGACAGGAAGAGCCUCAGAGAUCAGAGUGUGCAGAGGGGGAAGAGCCUAAGAGAUCAGAGUGUACAGAGGAGGAAGAGGCAAGAAGAGCCUCAGAGAUCAGUGUGUACACAGGAGGAAGAGACAGGAAGAGCCUCAGAGGUCAGAGUGUACACAGGAGGAAAAUACAGGAAGAGCCUCAGAGAACAGAGUGUACAGAGGAAGAAGAGACAGAAAGAGCCUCAGAGAUCAGAGUUUGCAGAGGAGGAAGAUACAGGAAGAGCCUCAGAGAUCAAGGAGGAAGAGGCAGGAAGAGCCUCAGAGAUCAGAGUGUGAAGAGGAGGAAGAGGCAGGAAGAGCCUCAGAGAUCAGAGUGUGCAGGGGAGGAAGAGGCAGGAAGAGCCUCACAGAUCAGCUGUGCAGAAGAAGAAGAGGCAGAAAGAGUCUCACAGAUCACAGUGUGCAGAGGAGGCAGAGGCAGUAAGACUCUCAGAGAUCAGAGUGUACAGAGGAGGAAGAGGCAGGAAGAGCCUCAGAGAUCAGAGUGUGCAGAGGAAGAAGAGGCAGAAAGAGCCUCAGAGAUCAGAGUGUGCAAAGGAAGAAGAGAUUUAGAGAUACGAGUGAGCAGAGAAGUAAGAGGCAGGAAGAGCCACAGAGAACAGAAUGUGCAAAGGAGGAAGAGGCAGAAAAAUCCUCAGAGAUCAGAGUGUGCAGAGGAGGAAGAGGCAGGAAGAGCCUCAGAGAUCACAGUGUGCAGAGGAGGAAGAGGCAGAAAGAGCCUCAAAGAUCACAGUGUGCAGAGAAAGAAGAGGCAGGAAGAACCUCACAGAUCAAAGUGUGCAAAAGAGGAAGAGACAGGAAGAGACUCAGAGAUCAGAGUGUACAGAGGAGGAAGAGGCAGGAAGAGCCUCAGAGAUCAGUGUGCGCAGAGGAGGAAGAGGCAAGAAGAGUCUCAGAGAUACGAGGGAGCAGAGAAGGAAGAAGCUGGAAGAGCCACAGAGAACAGAAUGUGCAAAGGAGGAAGAGGCAGAAAAAGCCUCACAGAUUACAGUGUGCAGAGAAGGAAGAGACAGGAAGAGACUCAGAGAUCAGAGUGGCUUACUACCAGCCACUCAACAAAAAAGUCAUCAGUUGUGUUAGUCACAAAUGUUCCCUUUGAGGCUGCAGACCACAGGAUUCCAACUCCCAUCAGGGAUUCAACUUCCUCACAGUCUCACCCUGGAGACUGA